AGCUCCUUCCCUCCCACUCUUCCUCUGUCUUUCCACUCUUACACUGUCUCUCUCUCUCUCUCUCUCUCUCCCUCCGUCUUGCUGCUGUUGCUGCUGGAGCGGUGUGCUGCUGGUGUUGGAGGUGGCGGCAGUGGCAGUGACAGUGGUGGUGUGUGGUGUGUGCAGGGGGUUUUCUCUGAGCUUUAAGGGGAAUAGCUGGGAAAGCCAAUCCUGAUAGCAUAAACAGAAGAGGGGGGGGGGGGUUUUCUCCUUUUUCUCCCCCGGCGUGGCUCCAGCAGGGGGAUAUUUAUUUCUCGGUCUCCAGGAUGAAGCUGUGCGUGAGCGGAAGGGUCAACACAUGUAGAGCACUCAGAAAAUCUGCAGGCCAGACUUAGCCGGUCUCCUUUGGGGAUCUAACAUACACGACGGCUCCCUGUGGUCAACCCCUUUAAACACAUGAGAGGGAAGGAACACAGACAAACCAUGAAAAAGAUAUACAUUGGCAAAACCGCCUUAAAAGUCCCCCGAAAUGGCGGCAAACAUCCAAAAAAGAGCUCUCUGCUGGAGCAGAAGGAGGACUUACGAAAAAGGCUUUCCUUCACGACACACAAGCUGGAGCUACUGCAGAGCGAGUUUGACUCCACGCGGCAGUACCUGGAAACGGAGCUGCGCCGAGCACAGGAGGAGCUGGACAAGUUCACUGACAAACUGCGCAGAAUACAAAGCAGCUACUCAGCGCUGCAGAGGAUCAACCAGGACCUUGAGGAGAAGAUCCACAGAGAUUCUCAGCAUCAUGACGACGAGAAGCGAGCUCUGAGCAGGGAGAUCAUCGUCCUCAACAACCACCUGAUGGAGGCCAAGCUCACCAUUGAGAAGCUCCAAGAAGACAAUGACGUGUACAGAAAAGACUGCAACCUUGCUGCUCAGCUUCUCCAGUGCAACAAAUCUCUUUACAGGGCCCAGCUCUCUGAGCUGCCUGCAGAUUUUCAGGAGCGCCUGACCCUGCACUUGGAGGACUCCCCUCUCUGUCACACGUACUCCGACUCUGCCUCUCUCAUUGCUAAAGUCCUCGAGAAGCCAGACGAGGCCUGCAGCAGCAGCCAGGCCUCCCGCUCACCCAGCCCUCAAGCCCAGGAGCACACUUUUAUCCUGGAACGCCUCGGACCGGGAGAGCGUCUGGGGCUGCGUGCGGCCUAUAAAUCCGACCUGUACAGCAGCGACACGGCUCUGUACUGCCCAGACGACCGACACCGCGAGCGCAGGCCUAGCAUGGACCUCCACGGCCAGAGGAAGCUGCUCUAUGGGCCCCAGAACUCCACCGACAGCAACCCAGAGGAGGGCUCGGUAGGGUUGAGGGCCGGGUUCUCGCAGGAGCACUUCGCCAAGUUCCCUCCACCGCUGGGGGCGGGGUCCAGUUCCUACUCCAGCUUCAGCGGAGCGGGGUCUGAAGACAAAGGUAACGGCCCGCCCAGCAGCGCUGCUUCAUCCCCGCACCACCACUCCCUCUACAUGGAGUGGAGGGAUGCAGGGGACUAUGAGAGGAAGAGUGACUCAUCCUGGGAGAGAGACAGUCCAAGAGCCUUUGCAAACGCUCACCCCUUCCAGCAGACAGAGCUGAGCCACCACCAGAACGGCAGCUCGCCCGUCUACAGCCGCACCAUGUCCUCCUGUUUCAGCGAGCCCUACGAGCCGCUCCCGCCCUCCUCAUCCCCGAGCGUCGCCUACGGAGACAGUCGUCGAGGCAGCACUUUAGCCCCCGAGGAGGAGGAGCUGAUCGGCAGAUGGAGGCAGCUAAGCGUCGAGGACUUGAGCGCCCACUCGUACCGCAGCCCAGGUCGAGCUUCACCUUACAGCUUCUCGGAGCAGCACUUCUCAGUCCGGCCGGCAAAGAUCCGUCUCGGGCCGCUCUACAGCAGCUUCCAGGAAGGCGCUGACUACUACCACCAAGCAGGGGGGGCGAUGGACUCUGAGUGGGUCGCUGCAAGCCCGAGUCCUGAAUGCAGCCCAGGUCUGCGGCAGGCUCACAGCCAAGCCCACCUGUACAGAGCGGAGGACAGUCAGGGGUCCGAGCACAGCCUCUACCACUCAGGGUCCAGCUCCAAAGACAGGGAGGGUCCUGUGGCAGCAGGCGGGCAGAGUGUGGAUUACGUUGACCCCAGCCCCAACAGCUCCACUGAGUCCCUGGACCAGAGGACCCUGGAAAUGGCCGCAGAGCUGCAGCACUACCAGGUGGAGAUGCACAGCCUGCCCCCACAGGUGAGCCAGUCCCCACCGCCGGUCCCAGCCCCUCCCCCUCCCCCGUACAACCAAAAAUUUGGCUCUUUGGGACUCUCCAGGAAGGACAGCCUGACCAAGGCGCAGCUUUACGGAACUCUUCUGAACUGAAAGGACGUCCAGAUCAGGUUUAUUCUUUGAUAGGAGCUGCACCUUCUGUUAGCACGAUCACUUUGAUAGAAAUGGUUUAAAUAGUAGCCGGGGGGGAAAGGGGGGAGGGGGGCUUGGAUUAUUCAGUAUAACUAAUAUGUAACUUCUGCUGAGUGUUUUAAAAGACUUGAUCGGAUAGGAAUGUUUACACUUAAGUUCCCCGGAGUGAGUUGGCUGUGAAGCCUGUGAAAUUUGUAAGAACUUGUAUGUAUUUCAAUUUACAAAUGUACAAAUAUAUACUUAUAACUAAAAACCAAGUCAUAUAUUUUGUAUGUAGCUGCAAACAAGAACUACAUCCAAAACAAUUCAGUAAAAAAAAAAAAAAUUGAACUCUUUGUUAAGCUGGAGCUUGUACAUACAUUUAAAAGCUGCCAAUCCUAUAUUUGAAAAAUCUGAAAGGCGUUGAUCGGCGCCCACAUGAAGUGCAAAAACAGAUUCCCCGUGGUCGUUCUUUUCAAUCGGCUGAAACUGUGUUUGCCUUGUGUGGAUUUUAAUACGAAUGUCAAACACCGGAAGAACACAACAACAAACGAUUGCUUAAAUGAGACAUUUAUUUUUACCUUCUGUUGAGUGAGUUCCACAGUAUCGAUGGGUGUGUUUUAUCGUUAUCUAUGGAGCGUUUUGAGAUCUGUUUUGAGCAGUCAGUAUUAUUUUAUAUUUUUGCUCUUCUAUAUCGCACGGAGAGGUUUUCCCGACCCCAGUCUACCUCAGAUUUGGAUGCCCACACCCCACAUAAAAGCCACUGUAACCUUGUUUUAUUUGACGGCGAUGCAUGAUUCUAUAUUUUUUGUUGUUUUGUUCGCAUAAUAAAGCACAAAUUACACA